AUGUUUCACCUCACCGGCGCCAUGCAAGCUGCAAAGACCUCAACAGACAACAAAGCAACUGCUAAAAAUGUUACUCAAGUACCCUUUGCCACCGAAGAAGAAUUUGAUCGUUAUUUCGAUAAUUUAGACGAGAAAGCUAGUGGGGGCAUUCAGUUAGCUGCUUCGACUGCGAGCUCGGAGACAACACAGAAAUUCACGUCACCGGAAGAAUCCGUUGAUCAAGCCUCUCGGGUUUGCCAUCCAACGUCAACCACCUUAUACAUUGACAAUGACGAUCCCGGCAAUUUGGCGAACUCAGAGUCCGAAGAUGAUCUAUUGUUGUCAACCUCGAAAGGAGAAAACUCCCCGUCGAGACUCUUUUCGGCAAAUAAGGAACACAAGUCCAGAGAGCGUACGCUGGCAAGACUGAAGCUAAGGGCUAAAAAGAGGGGAAGAAGUAGCAUAUUAAAAGGCUUAAAACGGAUGAAAAGGGGGAAACAACAACGGGUGUUAACAGUGUUUAAAAACUGCGACGUCACCAUAUUUGAGGCGUGA